AUGCCUACGAAAAUCCCCUCUCAAUCCGACUUCCCCUCCCACCUCACAAUCACAAUCACCAACCCACCAAACCCAACCUCAACCCCCUCCCCAAAUAUCCUCCUCCUCCUGCAUGGUCUCGGCGACUCAGCCGCAGGCUUCACCCCCUUCGGUCGCGCUCUAAACCUCCCCGAAACAACAGUCCUAACCCUCCAAGCCCCCGCCCCACUCCCCUUCGACCUCGGCGGGUUCCACUGGGGCGACGAUGUCGCCUUUGACACCUCAACAGGUGGACUAGACAUGGAUGCCGGCUUAGGGAAAACUGCAUCCUUCAUCCGAGAUCUCGUGCGCGACGUCCUUAUGCAGAAAUGCGGGUACCGACCACGCGAGAUCUUGGUUCUGGGAUUCGGUCAAGGUGGAAUGGCGGGGUUGAGUCUUGCGAGGGAAUUGGGUAUGAGUAAAAGUGGCAAUGGUGAGGGAGAUGGUGUGAUUAGUGAGCCCUUAGCUGGUGUCAUCUCCAUCGGAGCGCCGUAUCCGCUUUCGGGUCCUAGAGCUGGUCAGAAGAAUCGCACACCUGUGUUCUUGGUUUCUGGGCGGGAUUCGAGAGCUGUUUCUGAAGCAGCGGUGAAGAGGACGAAGGAGGUCUUUGAGUUUGUGGAGGUUAGUCGGUAUGCGAGGAAGGGUGAUGGGAUGCCGAGUAAUCGGGAUGAGAUGUUGCCUGUUAUGCAGUUCUUCGCCAGUAGACUCAGGAGUAGACAGGGUGUUCCUGAGGGAAGUGUUGAGCUUGGUUGA